AUGACGGAUCUGGAUAACGAUUACCCUGUGUGUAAACACUGCUGCCUGUUAAUCUUGGCUAUGGGGGCACGUGUGAACGACUCGGCUGUAUUUGUCAACUCAUCUCUGACGUAUUUGGAGACUCCUGCGUCUUCUCAGGACACUGUAAUAAUGUUUUUCUUAGGCACAGUACUGGCUAUAAUGUUUCUAGUCGGGACUGCUGGAAACGUGUACACUUUGGUGAUCAUGAACAUUGCAAUACGAGUAACUGGCACCAUGUACGUCUACAUUGUGAACUUAGCCUUGGCUGACCUGCUCUACCUGUGCACCAUUCCGUUUGUCGUUUGCACCUACUUCGCCAAGGACUGGUACUUCGGUGACAUUGGGUGUCGCGUGAUCUUCAGCCUUGAUUUCCUCACUAUGCAUGCCAGCAUCUUCAUGUUGACCGUGAUGAGCACGGAGCGCUAUGUGGCCGUGCUCAGACCACUGGACACUUUCACCCGUUCCAGGCACUACAGACGAGCCGUGACCUGCGCUGUCUGGCUCGUCUCCUUCGCCCUUUCACUCCCCACCAUGAUUAUGAUCGAGCUGAGGACAACCAUUAAAGAUGGGGUUGAGAAGCGUAUAUGCCACCCCACCUGGCAGAUGACUGCCUACAAAGCCUACCUGACCAUCCUCUUUAACACGUGCAUCUUGGCUCCCGGAUGUAUCAUUGGGUACCUCUAUCUCAAGUUAGCAAGAACUUACUGGACGUCCCAAACCACACUCUUCUCCUUCUCCAAAGCAUCAAGCGGGACUAAAUGCCCCAAACAGAAAGUACUGUACAUGAUCUUUGGUGUAGUUCUUACAUAUUGGGCAUGCUUCGUGCCUUUCUGGUUAUGGCAACUGCUUAGUGUUUAUUACUUUGAACACAGGAAGUUGUCUCAUAAAACAAUGGUGUGCGUGAACUUCAUCGUGACGUGUCUGGCUUACAGCAACAGCUGCAUCAACCCUUUUCUGUACACGCUUCUGACCAGAAACUACAAGGAGUAUUUGAGAGACAGGCAGAAGAGCGGCAUUGGGUUUAAAAAGAGAUUCCAUCAUUCAUCUCAAAGAUCUGUGUCAUCUGGGAGUCACCAGUUAACACUUUAA